AUGUCGUCUGCUAACCAGGCCCGCAAGGAUGCUAUCCGCGACAACGUUCUUCGUCCAAGUCGAAACGUCCCCUACCCUUCCAAGGACGGCAAACCCAUAUACAUGUCCGAGUUCUUUGGCGAGAGUGUCUUUGGUCUGGCCCAGAUCUCCAAGGCUCUCCCCAAGCCGGCUUAUGCCCAGUUCUUGCGCAAGAUGCGUGGUGGUCAGGCGCUGGACAAAAGCACUGCUGAUGCGAUCGCUCACGCAGUCCGUAUCUGGGCCAUGGACAAGGGCGCGACCCAUUUCACACACUGGUUCCAACCUCAGACUGGGACCACUGCUGAGAAGCACGAUGCUUUCUUGACCCUCAAGACCACUCACGGCCAAGCAGGACUUGAAGAGGUCAAAGCCAUCGACGCCUUCUCUGGCACUCAGCUCCUCCAGGCUGAACCCGACGCAUCGUCCUUCCCCUCUGGUGGCAUGCGAACAACAUUCGAGGCUCGUGGGUACACCGUCUGGGAUACCACUUCGCCCAUGUUUGUCCAGCACGGACCCCACAAGACCACCGUCCUCUAUAUCCCCUCCAUUUUCAUUUCCUACAAUGGUGAUGCUCUGGAUGAAAAGACGGUUCUGCUGCGUUCCACCGAGCAGGUUGCCAAGGCAGCCCUGGCUGUCCUCGCCCUCCUCGAGCCCGUCCCCCAGGGUGUGCCCCCACAGACGAACGUUGUCUACACGACCCUCGGAACUGAGCAGGAAUACUUUUUGGUGGAUCGUGCGCUGUAUGUACUCCGACCAGAUCUCAAGAUUACCGGACGCACUCUUGUUGGUGCUCUGCCUGCGAAGCACCAGCAAAUGGAGGAUCACUACUUUGGUCACAUCCCCUCGCGUGUGCUUGCGACGAUGAGUGAGGCCGAGUUGGAGCUGUACAAGCUUGGAGUACCCAUCAAGACUCGCCACAAUGAGGUCGCACCCCAGCAGUUUGAGUUGGCCCCCAUCUUUGAAGAAACCUCGCUCGCUGUGGACCACAACCUGUUGACGAUGGAUGUCCUCUCUAAGAUUGCGCAUCGCAACAACCUCAAGGUCUUGUUCCACGAGAAGCCAUUCAGAGGUGUCAAUGGGUCUGGAAAGCACUGCAAUUGGUCCCUUUCGACUGGCUCUGGCGAGAACCUCCUCGAUCCCACCAUCAAACCCGAGACCAACUACCGCUUCCUGUUGUUCUUGCUCGCGACUCUGGAUGCUGUCCAACGCCACGGAGGUUUGCUGAGAGCUGGUAUUGCCAGUGCAAGUAACGAACAUCGUCUUGGAGCAAACGAAGCGCCUCCUGCGAUCAUCUCGGCCUUUUUGGGACAGCAUUUGACUGAGGUUCUGGAUUCGAUUGAGGAGUCGCGACCAGUCAAGAACUUUUCGAUGCCCGACAUGAGGACCAUCAAGCUAGGAGGCACUGCGUUAGAUGUGAUGGUCUCGACCCUGCCCGAUAUCUCGCGUGACUUGACGGACCGUAACCGUACCUCGCCCUUUGCUUUCACCGGCAACAAGUUUGAGUUCCGUGCAGUUGGAUCCAAACAGUCGCCCUCGUUCCCCAUGACGCUCUUGAACGCUGCUGUUGCAUCGUCUCUGCAGGAUAUCGCCGAGGCGUUGAGAAAGGCAGCUGGCGACAAGGCCUUCCCCUCGGACGCUGACAAGCUCAAGGUCAUCCGACAGUACAUUGCGUCGACCAAGAGUGUCCGUUUCGAGGGUGACAACUAUUCGGACGACUGGAGGAAGGAGGCGGCCAAGCGUGGACUGCUCAACAUUACCAACUGCCCCGACGCGUUUGACCAGAUUGUGGAGGAGAAGAACUCGACUAUGCUGUGCAAGCUCGGCAUCUUUUCCAAAUCGGAACUCUCGUCGCGUCAUUACAUUUUAAUGGAGCGAUACUCUAAGGAUCUGUUACUCGAGGCCAACACUCUACGCACUAUUCUGGCGCAACAGAUCCUCCCAGCCGCGUUCGAGUACAGAGCUGCGUUGGCGUCGUCGUGUGCUCAGCAGCAGGCGAUCAAGUUAUCGGCGGGACCUGAGCUCAAGACCUUGAACCAGACUACACCCUUGGUCGAGAAACUUCAGGAGUGGAUUGACAAGCUGGAUGAUGCCAUCAUCAAGGUCCAUUUGGCGGCUCAUGACCCCUCGGCUGAGGCUAGGGCUUCUGCGAAGCACUUGUUGCCCACGAUGGAGGGCGCUCGUGAGGUCGCCGAUGAGCUGGAAGAUAUUAUUGCGGACAAGUACUUCCCCCUCCCCAAGAUGGCUGAGCUUCUCUGGUUCUAG